CAGGGACUUCCCUGCGCCUCCAUCAUCUGCAGGGAGGGAAAAAACACUCACACACAUACACAGCCUCCCACAUACACACACACACACACACACAGUGCUGAGAGCUAGCAAGGGGCUUUAAACAGCUUCAUACGAAACAGAGACAAAAGGACUGUAACCUGCCACAAUGGAGGAAAACAUGGAUGAAUCGCAAAGCCAGAAAGGCUGUAAGGAGUGCUGUGAGCGGUGUGUGGGCAGUCUGCCCUGGGCCUCUCUCAUAGCUACCAUCCUCCUCUACAUGGGCGUGGCCUUGUUCUGCGGGUGUGGCCAUGAGGCUCUGAGCGGCACCGUCACCAUCCUGCAGAACUACUUUGAAGUCAUCAGAGCUCCGGGGGAGACGCUGGAUGUGUUCACCAUUAUCGACAUCCUGAAGUACAUCAUCUACGGCCUUGCAGCUGGAUUCUUUGUGUUUGGCGUCCUGCUGCUGGUCGAGGGCUUCUUCACCACCGGAGCCAUCAGGGACCUGUACGGAGAGUUCAAGAUCACCGCCUGUGGACGCUGCCUCACUGUGUUUCUGAUGUUCCUGGCCUACCUGUUCUUCCUGGUGUGGCUCGGAGUGACGGCGUUCACCGGUCUGCCCGUCUUCAUGUACUUCAACGUCUGGUCCAUGUGUCAGAACACCACCCUGGUGGAGGGAGCCAACCUGUGCCUGGACCUACGUCAGUUUGGAGCAGUGACCAUCUCUGAGGAGAGGAAGGUGUGCACAGGGUCCGAGAAGUUCUUCAAGAUGUGUGAAUCCAACGAGCUGGAUUUGACCUUCCAUCUGUUUGUGUGCGCGCUGGCAGGAGCAGGAGCUGCUGUCAUCGCCAUGGUCCACUUCCUGAUGGCUCUAGCUGCUAACUGGGGCUACUUGAAGGACGCCAGCCGGAUGCAGAAGUACGAGGACAUCAAGUCGAAGGAGGAGCAGGAGCUGCACGACAUCCACUCUACACGCUCCAAAGAACGCCUCAACGCUUACACAUAAACACAUCGCUCCGAGAAACGACAUGCACACACACCUGUCAGACACAUAAGAUGAUACACCCACACACACACACUCUCUCUCUCACACACACACAAAGUGGCAGACACCAUAAACACAAGUGAAAAAAAUAACACAAGCACACACAUGAAGACACGAGCAGGCAGAAAUGAUGAACACACAGACACCAUCAUCAUCCUCAUGUCAGCAUUUGAUCACUGGCUCCGGGGGUCCAUGCUAACACGUUAGCAUCCUGUAUGUGGGUUUGCUCCACACACUUGACUCCUGACACCUGCCUUAAAGUGACAGGAAACAUUCAGCACAUGCUCAGCAAAGGCCCCCCCCCCCAAACCCACCCCUUAACCCUUAACCCCCAGCAUCCUCAGCACCCAGAAAUACAACUGGUUAGCUGUGUCAAAACUAGCUGACUAGUUCAAAAUUGCAGUAAAAUCUGUUCUCAGUACAGAACAUGUGAGUGAACAUUAAAACCAAAAACUAACGAGGCGAACCCAAAGAAAUGUUCUGUGUUUGAUUAGAAUCACCUGAUUAAAAGUUCCUGUGUCAGGGUCAGUCAUGUGACACAGUACGCCGCUGAGAGCCACAUGACAAUCUGAAGCCAACAAUCUGCAGCGGACACAGGGAUGGGUUUGGUUUCUAUGAGCUCAUCAUUUAACAGCCUCAGUACACACACAGACGCACACACACACACACACACACACACUAGAUGUGGCUGAAUGGUCGGUGUUUCGCAGGUGGUGUUGGUAUGAUGGUUACGCUGUGUCAUGUCGUUUCACCACUUUCUGAUGAUGGUGUUACGGAGAAAUAUGUCCCAGAGGAAACGUGUACCUCCCAGGUAUAUAUGGGUAGCUUUGCUCCCCUCCCCUUUUCCCACCUUUUUCACCCUCCACACCACCGCCACCACCACCACCCUCCUCUUCCUCCUCCUCCUCUCCCUCCCUCCCCCUUCCUCCUCUCCCUCCCCUCUGUGACCUCUUCAUCUGGAGCCCAGUUUCAGUAGUUGUUCCACACACAGGCAGCAUGGUGGUCGCUUGAUUAUUAAUCAGGUUCAAUAGUUAACUGUAACAAUGAUAAUUAGAUCAUAUAUUGAUUGAUAAAUUGAUGUCACAAAUAAAUCCUCUUCAUCCUGUUAUAUCUCUGCUGUAUGUCACACGUCAGGCGUCUGUUCAGAGAAGUUAUUAAAACAACUAUCGAAGCAGGACUCUGCAACCCCACCCCACCCAACCCCACCCCACCUCCACCCCCACCCCUCCAGUUUGUAUAAACUUGUAACUGUCCUCAGACACAGCACAUCUUAACAGCACAAAGUCUUUUUAACGUGUCCUGUUGAAUGAUGGUUUUUUUUCUCACACAUUUUUAUCAGUAUUGUUUCUGUGUAAUUUUAGCGUUGGGGGGAUUUAAAGAGGGAGGGGGGGGUUGAAUCACUUUUACAUUUUCAUGUAAUGAUUCUGUAUUUCAGUGGAUCUGCACACACACACACACACACACACACACACACACACACACACACAGGUGUCUCCAUCCAGCAGUCAUCAGGUUGAGUUGUGUCCUCCUUCUCUUUUCUCUCCAUCCUGAUGUCACCAAACCAUCGACACCAACACUAAGCUGGUCACUGGUGGACUGAGGGAUACUGGGAUCUGCGAGUGGUGUUACUGGGAUCUGAGGGUGGUGUUACUGGUGGUGCAUGAAGUGGCUUCACUGAAGGAUGAGGAUAUGCAGGGAGAGUUUGGUUGUGUAUGUGAGGGGGGUUGACGUGGACGGGUGGAGAGAUGGAGCAGUGGGACGAGAGGAUUAAAGUAGAAGGUGCUGAAGGAAGCAGCUCCACUGUUACUGCUGAUGACCAGGAUGAAUGAAGAUGUUUCAGCCAAUAAGCUUGUGGAUUCAGAGCUGGUUACUUUACUGGGUCGGGUUAUGGGCUCCAGUUCAGACCUUUAGGUGCUUUCAUUUUGUUUUAUUUGGAUGCAACUUUACAGAAUCCUCAGAAAUCCGCUCAGACUGGAUCUUACCUUUAUUUAAACUUGCUGCAGAUUUGUCUGCGGGUGAUGUUGAUCCCACUGGAGUGAUGUGAAAGAGUCCGUCACCAGCAUCAGGGACGUUAUGUUUGUGUUGUAGGGUUGUGUUGAGCUGUCAGAGGAAGGUGAGUGUGUGACUCUCUACCUGCCAGUAGAGACAGAGAGGGUUCAGCCUGUGCUCAGGGUGAGCACUGUACUGAUGAUGAAGGUGAUGAUGACGAUAGUGGUGAUGACACUGGUUUGAUUUCAUGAAACUACCAGCACACACACACACACACACACACACACAAACACACAGACACACAGACACACAGACACACACACACUCCACCACACCAUCACUCUGAGCCAUAACUCUUUGCUCUUUUCCUUCAACAUCAUUUCACUGUUUAUGAUCAACUUUGAAACUUUUUAAAUGUGAAUCAUUUAAUUACAAACAGAUGUGUUUUCUUUUCUGUUGUGGUGGUCAGUCUGAGCCGCACCCACAUCAGCUCUGUAUAAAGAUAUACAUAUAUGUGAAACCAUUGAGGUGAACAGCCUGGGGCCUGGGUUCCUAUUGGUCACUGAGUCUGAAGGAGGCGGGUCCUGAGCCUCAGCUUCCUGCCAAAGCUGUACUUACACACACGAUGAUGUCAGAGCGUCAGGUGUCUCUGUUGUCACAUGCUUGUGGAUCUAUUGGCUGAUUUAAAGAGAGUUUGGUAAAAUAUAAAAUAUACAAGAGUCAGCUGUAAAAGAGGUUUCCCAUAUCAACAAGCAGUGUCAUGUAAACACAGUGUGAUCUCAACACUGAGCCGUCACACGUCUGACGACGACACAAACAGAGUCUGAAUCUGUUCCUCUGUGUCGUGUAGAUGCAGCUGACUUUGACACAGACCAUCAGUGUGGACGGGCGGGGGGGGUCUCCUCCAGACUCGUGUCCUGUUCAGGGAGGUCUCGGCUGCAUACAGUCAGUAUUUUUAAGGGUCUAGUUUUACAGUAACAGUAUUCUGUCAUUUCAUUGCCUGACAAUGGGUGUCUUGUCAGUGUUUUUAACCUCAGAUAAAAGAAAAAAAAUGUUUUUUUGUGCACUUAUUGACCAUUGUGAGCUCUCUCUCUCUUAUUCUUGGUGUGAGUACAUUGAGGUCCCCUCUGUGGGACCUGUGUAUAGUCUUGCAGCAUUGGUUAUAACCUGAAGAAAUAUCAAAGAUGAAAAUAAAUGAAUUCAUAAUGAAGAUAAUCUUAUACUAGUUUAAAAAAAGAAAAAAAAAAGACAGUGACUCUAGUUGUUGUUUGUGGCAUGGUUAUGCAUUCAAUGGUCAUAAUUUUAAUGAUUAAAACUGAACAAAAAAAAAAUUAUCCUUUCCCACUGUCACUGUUCUGCUCCUUCUCUUUUUUUGCCACUCUUCAGUGUGCAGUGUUGCUAAUGGUGUUGCUAAGCUAGCUCGCUCGCUCAGUCGUUUACCACCAGAGCAAUAUGUUGUAGCAGUUUGACCACGUCAAGAUGUGAACAUGAAAUCCAUCCCUGUGAAAUGCCGGCAUUCAAGUGCAUGAGUCUAUGAUUGAGUCUUCAGUGGUAUGAUCAUGGUGUUCGUUGUUGUCUGAUCUGCAGAUGUGAUGUAAUGUAUUGCUCUGGCCUUCAUCGUCCUUCAUCCUCCACUGCUCACGCCAUCCUCCUCCUCCUCUGCCUCACACCACAGCUCCUGGCGUCCGUCUGAUCACCUCAUCUGGAUUCAAAAGUGACUUCCUGUGUUGUAGAGCUUGAGACAACACGCAUGUGUACACACAGCAGUCACUGAUGCUUAAGUGAGGCUUCAUGUAACCUAGCAACAGGCAGCCAAGAACACCGUAUGUGACGAUAACAAGGAAAGAUAUUAUUCAAGCUGCUUCCACAGCAGAUUGAGAAAUGCAGAGAAGAAGAGUGAGACUGCUGCCACACAGAUAGGCCUGAACACCAUGCUCUUUAUCAGGUGGUGGAUGAGGUCUGAACCAGAAUUUAAGACUCAGUGUCUAAGGAGCCACAGGAUCCAGCUGCUGUGUGAGCAGGAGGAGGAUGUGAGCUGCUCCUCUCCAUCUGUCUCCUUCUUUACGUUCUGACCCAUGUCCUUCUGGUCUCUGACCACAGCUGAACCUGGAGUCACCUCCCCCCCCCCCACCAUCCUGAGCACACACACACGUGACAGGACUGAGAGAGGUGAGCAUGAGACCUGGUUCCUGAGCCUAAGUGACACAGAUCUGGUCUCUGAGCUUGUUGACACAGACCUGGUCUCUGAGCCUCUGUGAGACAGAUCUGGUCUCUGACACAGACCUGGUCUUUAAGCCUCUGUGAGACAGAUCUGGUCUCUGACACAGACCUGGUCUUUAAGCCUCUGUGAGACAGAUCUGGUCUCUGACACAGACCUGGUCUUUAAGCCUCUGUGAGAGAGAUCUGGUCUCUGACACAGACCUGGUCUUUAAGCCUCUGUGAGAGAGAUCUGGUCUCUGACACAGACCUGGUCUUUAAGCCUCUGUGAGAGAGAUCUGGUCUCUGACACAGACCUGGUCUUUAAGCCUCUGUGAGAGAGAUCUGGUCUCUGACACAGACCUGGUCUUUAAGCCUCUGUGAGACAGAUCUGGUCUCUGCAGAUGCGGAGGCUCAGCCCUGUGUCCCAGCAGGAAAAACCAGGUUCAGGUCUGGUCCGUGACUAAAAUCUGUCACCUGGAACAUCCUGUUGUCAGAUCACCGUCAGCUCGGACAUGUGGGACGUGGAGCAGCUUCUUCUGUUCCUCCAUGACGGUCUGGACUUUUUGUAUUUUGCUCUGGUUGCUUAGUAACAGGCUUUAUCAGACUCACUCCUCCAUUUUUGUACAUAUCUGUGCCAACAGCUUGGGCAGACAGUGGCUUUUUUAUUUGUAAAGACAUGAACUUGCUUGCAUAUAUAAAUAAAACAAAAUAAUACACUUGUGUACUUGUUAAUAAGGGAA